CAUUUUACACAUACGGAAUUGAGAUCUCGAAUAACGAAGCCACUUAGCCACCUCAUUUGUGGGAGUCAGAAUCGGACUGCAGUACUAAGCGCUUUCCUUUACAAAGCGAUUUCUUUUUUAGAACAGUUUUACUCGAUAUUGCUAUAAUACAUUUUCCAAUAUUAUAUUAGCAACAGUUUAAGGGGAAAGGCUUUUUCUUUGCGAACUGCUCCUGCACCAGGUCUUCUGGUCACUAUUCACUUGGUUGCCAUCAGUAUUCAAACACUGAUUAUGUCAUUGUCACAGGAAGUGUGUGCUAGUUAGGAAAUCAGAUCAAAACUGAAACUUAAUCAGUCCUUAAGUUUUAGUUUUAUUUUCCCUGAAAACAUUCCUCGUUAAACUAAAUUUCUUUUCUUUUUUUUUUUUUUUUUUUUUUUUUUGAGACGGAGUUUCGCUCUUGUUGCCCAGGCUAGAGUGCAAUGGCGCGAUCUCGGCUCACGGCAACCUCUGCCUCCCAGGUUCAAGCGAUUCUCCUGCCUCGGCCUCCCGAAUAGCUGGGAUUACAGGCAUGCGCCACCACGCCCGGCUCAUUUUGUAUCUUUAGUAGGGACGGGGUUUCUCCACGUUGGUCAGGCUGGUCUGGAACUCCUGACCUAAGGUGAUCCGCCCGCCUUGGUCUCCUAAAGUGCUGGGAUUAUAGGCGUGAGCCACCGCGCCCGGCCACUAAAUUUCAUAAAUGGCAAAAUAUCCAACCUUACCAAAUGUAUCUAUAGUUUAUAUUUUUGACAGGCUGUAUAAUAAAUCCAUAGGGCUCUAUCUGAAUUUCAACGAGGAUUAUUCAGUAAGAAGAAAAUGAGGGUUGUAUCUCAGCUGCGCUCAUCAGCUCUAUUCCCCGAAUGACCGUGAGCUUGAAGGAAAGCCAUUUAACGCACACGGUGCCGAUGGGUGUCUUCUGCUUGACAAGAUCGUGGGCUUUAUGCUACUUCCUCAAGGAGGCACUAAGAGACGAUUUUUUCCCCCACAACAGUGAGCUUUCUUACAGACCUCUUAAACGGAAAUGAAAUGUGCUACUCAUUCCCAGCACUGCAGACCCAGAGACUUAGAGCCUUGGGGCACUGAGGUCUGCUAGUUCCACCUGUUCAUCUGGAAGCCUGGAUCUAAGGAGGGAAGAGGCUUUAUCCCUGCUGGCAUAGUCAGGUCCCAGCCCAGCCAGGUAUUGAACGAGUUGGGCUUUUAAUGAUCGUUUCUGCUGACCUGGAAACAUCUUAAGUGGAAGAAAUUAUCUGCUUGCAGCUGUGGAUGAUUUAUCUGGUGAAAUCUCAGAAAAAAGAUACACUUUUGUCUUAGAUGGAUGUCAGCGGCUGCAGCAGAACCCGGUGAAAACACCCCCGGGUGGCACAAGGCUCUGUGAGCUGUAACUCCGACAAACGCACAACCUCUUGAGGCUUUCUUCUUCUAAGGAGUAUGACACAGUUAAAAAGGAAAAAAGAGCCACAAGCAAAACAGUCGCCAGUGAAAUAGGAGAGGGAGCUCUUUCAACAAGGCUGGCUGCGGCUGGCCUCCGCCACUCAUCUGCAGGGCGCGAGCGCUUGGUCCAUGGAGUGAAGCUCUUCCAACCUGGAUCAACGAAAAGGGAGAAGAAAUGGCCCAAGAAGUAGAUCUGAAUGCUCUCAAGGAGUUAGAACGCGAGGCCAUUCUCCAGGUCCUGUACCGAGACCAGCAGGUUCAAAACGCAGAGGAGGAGAGGAUAAGGAAAUUGAAAACCCACCUGCAGCAUCUCCGGUGGAAAGGAGCGAAGAGCACGGACCAGGAGUACAAAGAGAAGUGCUGUGCGCGCUGCCAGAGGGUGCUGGGGCUCCUGCUGCACCGGGGCGCCGUGUGCCGGGGCUGCAGCCACCGCGUGUGCGCCCAUUGCCGAGUGUUCCUGAGGGGGACCCACGCCUGGAAGUGCACGGUGUGCUUCGAGGACAGGAAUGUCAAAAUAAAAACUGGAGAAUGGUUCUAUGAGGAACGAGCCAAGAAAUUUCCAACUGGAGGCAAACAUGAGACAGUUGGAGGGCAGCUCUUGCAAUCUUAUCAGAAGCUGAGCAAAAUUUCUGUGGUUCCUCCUACUCCACCUCCUGUCAGUGAGAGCCAGUGCAGCCACAGUCCUGGCAGGUUACAGGAACUUGGUCAGUGUAGAGGAUUUAAUAAGUCCGUGGAAAAUUUGUUUCUGUCUCUUGCUACCCACGUGAAAAAGCUCUCCAAAUCCCAGAAUGACAUGGCCUCUGAGACGCAUCUUCUUGCCACGGGCUCUGGGCAGUGUGCGGGCCAGGCAGAGAGACGGAGCCAGUCUGACACCGCGGUCAACGUCACCACCAGGAAGGUCAGUGCACCAGAUAUUCUGAAACCUCUCAAUCAAGAGGAUCCCAAAUGCUCUACUAACCCUAUUUUGAAGCAACAGAAUCUCCCAUCCAGUCCGGUGCCCAGUGCCAUAUUCUCUGGAGGUUUUAGACAUGGAAGUUUAAUUAGCAUUGAUAGCACCUGUACAGAGAUGGGCAAUUUUGACAAUGCUAAUGUCACCGGAGAAAUAGAAUUUGCCAUUCGUUAUUGCUUCAAAACCCAUUCUUUAGAAAUAUGCAUCAAGGCCUGUAAGAACCUUGCCUAUGGAGAAGAAAAGAAGAAAAAGUGCAAUCCGUAUGUGAAGACCUACCUUCUGCCUGAUAGAUCCUCCCAGGGGAAGCGCAAGACUGGAGUCCAAAGGAACACGGUGGACCCGACCUUUCAGGAGACCUUGAAGUAUCACGUGGCCCCUGCCCAGCUGGUGACCCGGCAGCUGCAGGUCUCGGUAUGGCAUCUGGGCACACUGGCCCGGAGAGUGUUUCUUGGAGAAGUGAUCAUUCCUCUGGCCGCGUGGGACUUUGAAGACAGCACAACACAGUCCUUCUGCUGGCAUCCGCUCCGGGCCAAGGCAGAGAAAUACGAAGACAGCGUUCCUCAGAGCAGCGGAGAGCUCACAGUCCGAGCUAAGCUAGUCCUCCCUUCAGGGCCCAGAAAACUCCAAGAGGCUCAAGGGACAGAUGAGCUGUCACUUAAUGGCCAACUUUGCUUGGUAGUGCUGGGAGCCAAGAAUUUACCUGUGCGGCCAGAUGGCACCUUGAACUCAUUUGUUAAGGGCUGUCUCACUCUGCCAGACCAACAAAAACUGAGACUGAAGUCGCCAGUACUGAAGAAGCAGGCUUGUCCCCAGUGGAAACACUCGUUUGUCUUCAGUGGUGUAACCCCAGCCCAGCUGAGGCAGUCGAGCUUGGAGUUAACCGUCUGGGACCAGGCUCUCCUUGGAAUGAACGACCGCUUGCUUGGGGGAGCCAGGCUUGGUUCAAAGGGAGACACAGCUGGUGGCGGGGAUGCAUGCUCACAAUCGAAGCUCCAGUGGCAAAAAGUCCUUUCCAGCCCCAAUCUAUGGACAGACAUGACCCUUGUCCUGCACUGAUGCGAAGGAGGUUCCAGGUUGCAGCGGGUGUGAAGCACUGUGCGUCUGCAGAGUGGGGCUGCAAACCAGGUGCGGGGUCCCAGCUGGAGACCCUUUGGACCCUGAGCAAUCUCCAUCUGCAGUCCUGUCCCAUGGUUUAAACACCUACUGGUAUCUGUGUAUAUUUAAGUUAAACACAAUAAUGUAUGUUACCUAAGCCUCUGGUGGGUUAUCUCCGAGAUGUAGAAAAUGGCCAGAUUUCAAUAAAUGUUCUUACC